GUCCGCCAAGUACUUCCGGGAUCCAUCUGAAGUCUCCACGAAUCACGUGACGAUCAAAGCGUCCUGAACUUCCACUGACGUAACAAAGACUCCUACUUGGACAGGUCAAGACUUGCCUUUUGGAAGCUUCGAAGGGAGCUGUGUGAAGUCAAGGUGACCUAAAAACAAAAAAACAAAAACAAAAACAGAGAGAACUCGCUGUAUUUUGAGCAGAAAGGACAUUUUCUGACAGUUAUUUGCUCAUUGGAGCAGUUAAGCGCGAGCACAAGCGCCUUAUUUACUAUUAUUGUGAUCUGCGCAUGCGCAAAACACACCACAACCGUUUCCUGCGGUAUUUGGAUAUUAAUGUUCAAACAGCGCCAUGUCUCAUAGACCGCCAAGUACUUCCGGGAUCCAUCUGAAGUCUCCACGAAUCACGUGACGAUCAAAGCGUCCUGAACUUCCACUGACGUAACCAAGACUCCUACUUGGACAGGUCAAGACUUGCCUUUUGGAAGCUUCAAAGGGAGCUGUGUGAAGUCAACCUGACCAAAAAAAAACAGAAACAGAGAGAACUCGCUGUAUUUUGAGCAGAAAGGACAUUUUCUGACAGUUAUUUGCUCAUUGGAGCAGUUAAGCACGAGCACAAGCGCCUUAUUUACUAUUAUUGUGAUCUGCGCAUGCGCAAAACACACCACAACCGUUUCCUGCGGUAUUUGGAUAUUAAUGUUCAAACAGCGCCAUGUCUCAUAGCAGCUGUAACAAACUCUGGACUGAAGCUCAUGAGGAACUCGGCGAUCUUCUGAGCCAGGAGCUUCCAUCCGAGCCCUUACGGCCCGAGAGAGACCGCGCGGUGUUCUUCCAGCGCCUCGUCACCCUGUACGUGCGCUACGUCAGAAUCUUCAGGCAGCUGGAGGAGGUCUACGAUCAGAACAUCCACCCGCAGAAGAGGAGGCUGAUCCGGGUCGUGCUAGAUGGCGUGAUGGGACGCGUGAUUGAGCUGAAGAACGAGAUGGUGGAGAAGGAGUACUCCGAGUACCAUUACAUGGACGAUAUCAUCCAGGAUUUGAAACUGACGCCUGAGGAUCUUGAGAUUCCAAUCCCGAAGUACUUCAUUACCGAACGGCGUAAAGAGCUGCAGGAGCGAGCCGCGGUUCUCUCCAGCUUACUGGACCAAAAUGGAUCGGUGGAGAAAGCACAACCUACUGAAGUGCGCGUCCUGAGUCAGGAGGAGGCCAUCAGGAUCAUUCAGGUGUCGGAGAGGGCGCGGCAGGGUCGCCUGAGGGCCGGCAUCAUGCGGGAGAUCCAUAAGGAUGCGGAGAGAUGGAGCAAGACUAAAGCCAUGGAUCUCGGCGAAGCUACCGUGAACCAGGCUGCUAUUCGAAUCCAGAAGGUGUGGAAAGGUUACAUACAGAGGAAAAGGAUGAAGCAGGAGCGUGAAGAGGAGAUGAUUAUGCUGGGCAUGUCGGUGAAAUCCAGUCUGGGUCCGCCGUACCCCGCUGUAGUCCUCGCUGAAGACAAGGAAAAAGCCGUGAGGAAGAAGAAGCAGGAGGAGCACGAGGAGGAUUAUCAGAAAGCUCUGAUCUCCAUCUACAUGAACCUGCGCGAGACCGAGGGUCCUGACAUGACGGAGACGAUGAAGGAUCAGAUCAGACAAUGGUUCACCGAGUACCAUGAUGCCACGGGUUCCUUUCCCGAAUAUCCGGACGAGGAAGAGGGCGGCUCGGCUUGUAUUUUCACUAAUAAAACACCUGAGCAGCUGAUGGAAGAGCUGGCAGCUAAAGGAGCGGAGGAAAUGCAGAAAGGCAAAGGGACAAAGGUGACCGGGAAAGAAGAGGAGGAAAAGGAACCUGGCCUGAAGCUGCUGCCGUCCGAGUUUCUGUCCGAGCUACAGACGGGCCACAAGACGUUCACAGAGGUCUGGCGAAACCGCGACGAGUCGAAGAACUUCAGCCAAAGACACGAAGCAGAGCUCAUCAAAGAGGAGAAGAGGAAAGAGCUCGAGGCGGAAAUAAGACUGCAGGUGGACGAGCUGAUGAGGCAGGAGCUCGCUAGUUGGAAGUUAUCCGUGGAAGGAAAAAAAGGCGGGAAGGCCAAGCCUGCAGGAAAGAAGAAGAAGCCACCAAAGGCUGAGAAGAAGAAAAAGAAAGAGCGAGACCUUACGGCCGACAGGAGCGUGGAGUCGCUGUAUGAAGAGCUGGCGGUGGAGGGCCUGCUGAAACCAUCCACUAACGUGAGGCUACACGACUUCAUAGGAGACUACAGCUAUCUCGGUACGACCCUGAGGCAGACCGACAUCGAACCCAUGCCCUCGUUAUCGGACGUGCGCCAAGUCGUAUGUCUUUGUGCCGUCUUACCGCUGGGUUCCCAGGUGAUCCAUGAGAAAGCCCCUCUGGUAAAGUCCAUACUCCUGGUGGGGCCUUCAGGAGUGGGGAAGAAGAUGCUAGUCCAUGCUAUCUGUCAGGAGACGGGAGCUAACCUGUUUGACCUUUCCCCUUUGAACCUGGUGGGGAAGUAUCCAGGGAAGAGUGGGCUCCAGAUGAUGCUGCACAUGGUGUUUAAGGUUGCCAGAUUGAUGCAGCCGUCUGUGGUAUGGAUCGGAGACGCUGAAAAAAUGUUUUAUAAGAAAAUACCAAAGGAGGAGAAAGCGUUAGAUCCAAAGCGGCUAAAGAAAGAUCUGCCCAAAAUCCUUAAAACUCUCAAAGGUGAAGACCGUAUCCUUAUCGUAGGGACGACAAACAGUCCUCUCAACGCAGACCUAAAGUCUCUGUGUAAGCUUUACAGCAAGAUCAUCCUCAUACCACGGCCGGACUACGCCUCGCGAUUCGUCUUGUGGAAGGAGCUGAUCCGGCGGAACGGCGGCGUUGUGACCAGCGCCCUGGACCUCAGCUCCCUGGUGAAGAUCUCAGACGGAUACACGCCGGGUCACAUGGUGCGCGUGGUGAAGGGGAUCCUGACGGAGCGGCGCAUUCAGCAGCUCUCUAAACGCCCGCUGACCGCCGCCGAGUUCGUCUCGCCUCUCGCCAAGAUCGACCCCGUGUUCCAGGACGAAGAGGAAGCCCUCAAAAGCUGGUACGCGAAUACUCCUCUGGGUAAGAAGAGAGCGAGGGUGGCUUUAGGGCUGGACGCAGAGGAAGACGAGGCAGCUGAAGGAGGCAAAGACGACAAGAAGAAAGGAAAGAAGUGACUCGGACGUAGACUCGACCCACGCCUGUAUCGCAUUCCACGAACAAUAAAACAGUGCGGUGCAAAAAUAAAACGCGUCUUUAGAGUCACGUUUCUCUGGAGUCAGGGUGUGAAACGUGAAGUUUGUGCAGAAAUGAGUGCGUCGGCAUUCCAGAGAUGUUUUCUGAGAUGUCCAUUAGAAUUAUUAGACCAAAAGGAAAUCCUUUAGUAAGAGAACUAACAAGCGAUGGGAAAUAUCCU